AGGAAUUGCGUUGCGUCUCUUGGCAUCGGGGAGUCGUCGUUUUCGUGUAUUUCCUUUUUGGUUGUAAGAAAGAAAAUAUAUGAGAUAGCUACCGAGCUGUGAGUGACUGCGAGUGAGCCAGAAAAAGACCAUUUCCCCUUCUUCUCUUCUCUCUCACACUACAGCCAAUUCCGCAACCCUAAACGACAACGCGCUCGUCACCGCCAUGGUUGUCAUUUCCCGAUGUGCCACAUGCACGCGUCACGACUUAUUACGACACGAGUUCGAUAGGAAAAGCUCCGUUCGAAACAGUUCCUCUUCCUCUUUGUUGUGUUCUGCUAAGAAGGUUUUGCAGGUGAAGAGGAUUGUUGGCGCUGUUGGGUGUAGACGUGGCCGUGGAGGAGUGAUUGUUGCUGCCAGCCCUCCCACUGAAGACGCUGUUGUUGCUACUCACCCUCUCACCAAACAGGAUCUUAUCGAUUAUCUUGCCUCUGGUUGUAAGCCCAAGGAAAAAUGGAGAAUAGGUACAGAACAUGAGAAGUUUGGUUUCGAGUUUGGAAGCCUGCGUCCUAUGAAGUAUGAUCAAAUAGCGGAAUUGCUGAAUGGCAUUUCUGAGAGAUUUGACUGGGAUAAAGUAAUGGAGGGUGAUAAAAUUAUUGGACUCAAACAGGGGAAGCAGAGCAUAUCAUUGGAGCCAGGUGGUCAGUUUGAACUAAGUGGAGCUCCUCUUGAAACCUUGCAUCAGACUUGUGCUGAAGUUAAUUCGCACCUCUAUCAAGUUAAAGCUGUUGCUGAGGAAAUGGGAAUUGGAUUUUUGGGGAUUGGUUUCCAGCCAAAGUGGGGAAUCAAAGACAUACCUAUAAUGCCAAAGGGAAGAUAUGAAAUUAUGAGGAAUUACAUGCCCAAAGUUGGUUCUCUCGGACUUGACAUGAUGUUCAGGACAUGCACUGUACAGGUCAAUCUGGACUUCAGUUCUGAAGCUGACAUGAUUAGAAAAUUUCGUGCUGGCCUUGCUUUGCAGCCUAUAGCAACAGCUCUUUUUGCAAAUUCACCCUUUACAGAGGGAAAGCCAAAUGGUUUUGUCAGUAUGAGAAGCCAUAUUUGGACUGAUACUGAUAAGGACCGCACAGGCAUGCUGCCCUUUGUUUUUGAUAACUCGUUCGGGUUUGAGCAGUACGUUGAUUAUGCCCUUGAUGUUCCAAUGUAUUUUGUCUAUCGGAAACAGAAAUAUGUCGAUUGUACUGGAAUGACAUUCAGGGAUUUCUUGGCUGGAAGGCUUCCUUGUAUUCCUGGUGAAUUACCAACUCUCAAUGACUGGGAAAAUCAUUUGACAACUAUAUUUCCUGAGGUCAGGCUGAAGAGGUAUUUGGAAAUGAGAGGUGCUGAUGGAGGGCCUUGGAGAAGGUUAUGUGCUUUACCAGCAUUUUGGGUAGGGUUAUUGUAUGACGAGGUUUCUUUACAAAGUCUUUUGGAUAUGACAGCAGAUUGGACUCCAGAAGAAAGACAAAUGCUAAGGAAUAAGGUUCCGAUCACUGGUCUUAAGACACCAUUCCGAGACGGUCUGCUGAAGCAUGUUGCUGAAGAUGUUCUAAAGUUGGCAAAGGAUGGCUUGGAGAGAAGAGGGUUCAAGGAAUUGGGAUUUUUGAAUGAGGUGGCUGAGGUGGUUAGAACAGGUGUCACUCCUGCUGAGAGGCUUUUGGAAUUGUUUCAUGGAAAGUGGGAGCAAUCUGUAGAUCAUGUAUUUGAGGAAUUGCUUUAUUAAGCUUGUAUUCAACUAGUUGCUUCUCUUUCACGUCAAGUGGGAGGUUAAUUCGUGUGAACCUCUGGUUAUAGUUAUGGCUGCCUCUCUUUUGAGCUGCUUUUAGAUAUAGGAAAUAAUUGAUAUGUAAUUUUUGCCUUAAGGCUUCUCAUAUACUUUUCUUGGAAACAUGAAGCUGACGUUUAAUUCAUGUCACGAGUUUGAAAAUCACAUCAUCUUGAUCGUUUUAACAAAGUGUCAAUAGAUUAAUGGUUUGUGGUAGGUGCAAAUGUUGCUUCCACAAACUCUUUUUUCU